GCUCUUCUUUGAGGUCACUUCAGCUCAAAACACAUACGAGAACAGCCAAUGUUAACAGCAAAUAUGAAGAUGACUAGCAGGUUGGUUCUUUUGUUUGUUGUGUGUGUUUUCGUGCAAGCCACAUAUGCAAGGAAGCUUCUUCAGUUUCCGUCCGGUGACAUCCCCAGCUUCGGCGGAAUUGACCAAAUUAUAGGAGGUAUCGCUGGCGGUGGAGGCGGCGGCGGCGGAGGAGGAGGAGGAGGUAAGGACGGCGGGAGUGGUUUUGGAAUUGGAGGGGGUAGUGGAUUAGGCAGCGAUGGAGGUGGUGGCGGUGGCGGCGGCGGCGGUGGAGGAGGAGGAGGAGGAAAGGACAGCGGGAGUGGUUUUGGAAUUGGAGUGGGUAGUGGAGCAGGCAACGAUGGAGGUGGUGGUGGCGGCGGCGGCGGAGGAGGAGGAGGAGGAGGUAUGAAUGGUGGAUAUGGUGGAGGAUUUGGUAGUGGAUCAGGUAGCAAUGGAGGUGGUGGUGGCGGCGGAGGUGGCGGUGGUGGAGGAGGUGAAGACGGCGGAAGUGGUUUUGGUGUCGGAGCUGGUGAAGGCCAUGGAGAUGAUGGCGCGGCUAUUGAUCCUAUUGAAAUUUUCCCUUGAAGUUUCAGUAAGGUCCUUAUACGACUUUGGUGAUCAACUAUUUUCAUCGGAUUUUUCUCAAUAGUUUAGAGUUAGAAUAAGGAAAUAAAGGCAA